AUGAGUUAUAAUACAUCUUAUAUACAUUGGACUAGCAAUAUCACAACAUCAACGUCAACGUCAACAUCAUAUACACUCUCAUUGAUACUUCAUAAUGAUCACUUGAUAGUGUAUCACAAUGAGACAUCAACACUCUAUUCAUACAAUUCAAACAAUGGCACGAUUGAAUGGAUGGUCCAGAUGACUUCAAACUGCUCAGUACCUUAUCCAGCGGCAGUUGGUACAUUGUAUUUUGUUUGUGAUGGCGACGUCAAUAGCACAGACACUAUGUUGUUGAUGCUCGAUCCAAACACUGGUCAGACAUUGGCCAACUCAACGAUUGCAAUAGGCUUACAAUCAAAGGUCAACACAUUGUCCAUAUUAUCAUCUGGACAAUCAACUCUACUCAUUGAUCUGGCUGCAGGUGCAAAUGCCACUGCCUACAAACUGAAUGGAACGACGCCAAUGUCCAACUUCACAUUGAUCUCGCCAGAGUUUAGUGCUGACACUCAAACUAUAAUGACUGGUGAACGAUCGAUCAUCAGUCGCGAUGAUGGAUUCAUCGUAACACUGGCAUGCAACAACGAUAAUGCCCUGUAUUUAAUGUCGUACAAUGUUAGCUCUCAAGCUUACAUCACCAACAACCUGCUCGCAUCAUCCAUCAACUGCUCUACCAUCACAUACGGCGCAUUGAUGAUCACGCCUGUUGCUAUCAUCGCCACAUUCACUACCAACAACUCCAAGUCCUACUUGGCCAAGUCAUUCCAAGCCAAAAUACAUUGGACUCUUAGAGACCAAGAUGUGGACAUACUGGACACUACAAUGUCGGGUGAGGGCUUCUAUUACCUCUGCACCACUGAUACAUUGUAUCAGAUCAACUCGUUAACAGCCGAGAUCAAGAACUUGGGAUACAAGACAAGUGGUGGGAAGAAGGCAGUGUCAUGUCGCAUGUCCAAUGGAGAGAACACUGUGAUGGCAUUCCUUAGGAUGGACGAUGGUAGCUCUGUUGUGAUGCGAGCAUCCGACUCGCUCUGUCCAAACCUCUGCCAAGGAAACACGACGUGCACCACUAACGCAUGCCAGUGCGCCCCGGGCUACUACCCCGCGGACCAAUGUUCUGUCUAUUGCCUGGCCAGCGACACAUGUCGUGGACACGGAGAUUGCCAGCCCGAUGGCAGUUGUCUGUGCGACCCGACCACCGGCUACUAUGGUGAUGACUGCUCCAACUGUCGCGCUGGAUACUUUGGACCCAACUGCAACGCCCAUCUCAAUUGGAAGACUAUCACCAUCGCCUCUGUCAUCUCUGUCAUCGUCACCAGUGGCAUCUGUAUCUUUGCCUGCUUGACAUCACGUGAGGCAAUCAAAAGACGAUGUGGCAAGUGGCGCAGGAAGUGCUGUGGAUGUAUACCAUCCCGACGCUCCUCCUCCUCCUCUUCCUCAAGUAACAACCCGACACUUGAGAAACAGAGUCUUAUCCAUCCUGUUGGCUCACUUGAAGUAGAGUCUGGAUCAUCAUCCAGAGAU